AGUACAAUUUGUAUUUUAUAUAUUUUGUAGUUAAACAGUAGUAAUACAAAGCAUCAUGUCAAAAAAGAAGAAAGAAGUCAAGAAAAACCUAAAUUUGAUGGAGGUAAAAACCCUGGAAGGUUUGACAAAGAAACUACGAUCCUGUCUACUAGGUGUGACAACUUCAUCUGUCAUCAAAAGAAAAGAAUUAUUUGAGAACGAAUUAAUGCAAUGCUUGCAUAGUCCAGAGUUACAAGAUGGCCAUUUAAAAGGAAUAGCAAAAAUUGUUUUAUUAACUCUCACGCGAUACAGGGAUGCAUUAUCUAGAAGAGUUGUUUCUGAAUUUAUUGAUGAACUCUUGAAAAGUCAAGGUUUAUCAGCAGCAAAGUAUUUACUUGGAGAAAUUCAUGUUACUGCCAUGGAGCUAGCUAAAUACCAGCCAAGCAUGUGUUACGUUUUGACCUCACUGGGAUUGUUACGAUGGUGUGACAAAUUAAUUACAUUGUAUGUUGAAAAAGACUUGCAAGAAGAUUUGCUGUUUCAGAAAAUCGUAGAAGUAGAGGUGUUGUGUUAUAGUGUUGCAUGCAGUGUAAAGUCUGUGCGUGCUGUUCGAGUACAACGGAUGAUUUGCACCCUCCUAUCUCGAUUAGGGCUUUACAAACACAAGACAGCUGAACUUUACAUAAAGUUUUUAGAUGUUAUUCUAAACAAUGAUAACCAACAGAUUGAAUCUCUUGGUACAAUUGGAUUCAUUUUUCAGCAAUUAACAAUUUUAAAGUCAACCUCGAUAGUUGAUGCACCUACAAAGAAAAGACUAAUUGACUUGUUUGUUCGAAAUUGCAUUCAGGUGAAAAUUAGAACUCCGACAUAUAUACUGGAAAAUAUAAGACCAUUCCUUAAGUAUGUAAGCCAUGAAGAUUUUGUUGAAUUGGUACCAAUAAUUCAAAAGGCCUUGUUGAGAAAUCCAGAAGUUAUUUUAGAAGCUGUUGGUUAUCUACUGAUUGGUUUGUCUAUUGAUCUAUCAAAGUACAUGGAAGAUUUGUCCAAAUGUAUAUGCAGUCUUUUGGUAUCGCAAAAUGUUACUUUACAUCCUGAUGCUAUUAUGGUUGUUGAAAAUCUUGCAGUGCAGUGCAGUGAUGAAAGUGCAAUUGAGAUGCUGUUAAAACAUCUUUUCAAAAUUCUAACAGGUUCAGAGGGUAAACUAGCUAUGGCUGAGCAGCGUGUGACGGUUUUAUCAGCGAUUGCUGGUGUUGCAAAAACAACAGUCAGCGGUGCACAUAAAGAAAAACUUGCUUCCGUGGCUUACGAUGGAUUAACUUCAUUUUUAAUUCAAGAAGGCAAUGAAGGUGUCUUGCUACAAGGACUGACAGCGUUAAGCCUAUGGAGUGCAUACUUUGUAUCUAAUCUUCCAUCAACAUUUUGUGAUACAAUAAAGAAAGGAAUAUCAUUGAAAAGUGCUUCUUCUACUGUAAAAGCUGGGUAUUUUAAAGUUGUUGCUGAGGCUAUUAAAGGAAACACUGUUUUACAGGGUCUUGACCUACUGGACACACUCUUACAGGUUGUGGAGAAGGCAAAGAGUCAAGGCCAUCUUGUCACUGCUAUUUAUGAAGCUGUGACAGCUGCUACUGUCAUUGCACAAAUGGCUAUUUCUGAUGACAUAAAAGGCAGUAAAUUGGGAGCAUUUUGGCAAACUGUUCUGGCUCCUCAAAAGGGAUAUCUGGUGCCAGAGAAAUGUCUCGCUAUAGCACCAAAGGAUUAUUUGCAACAGUUAUGCAGAUUUCUUCAUGUCAUUGUUCAUCAUCAUUUUUUUCAUGUGGUAGAAAUAAAAGGACUUAGAUGUUGGUAUCAUGCUUUGAUUGUUCUGUUGUUACGAGGAGAUGUACAAGUAAGAGCAAAAACAAAGACACUUAUCAGAAAAAUAUCGAAUUUGGAAGAUGUUGAUAGAUAUGAAUUCUUUAUGAAACUUUUCGAGAUUCUUCUUCACAAAAUGGAUAACUUUCACAUACCAUCCGAACACAAUGACGCACAACAACACACACUUAAAGAGAUUUCACACGCUUACUUAGCCAUUUCUGGUUGCAUUCAUGAAAGAAAGAACCCACUAACUACACAUGAGCAACUUGUAAUGUGCUGCUUGUGCACUCAUGUUCACCACCCCCUGCUAGUGGAUAGUGGAUUCAAUUUAUUAAAGAGGGGAAUUUGCAUGGCAUUUGUCAAUAUUAUUUUAGAACAGAAAGAACUACACAAGAUGCACAUUAACAUUUUAAAACAAACUGUAGUCCGAAAAAUGCAAGCAAGUGAUUACCUUCCCUCCUUCAUGAACAAAAUUAUUGAAUAUUUAUCUGAUCCUGCAUUAAAAGACAUAUCUGAGGAGGAGUAUGGCAUUUUAAAUACAAAGAAAGGUGAAGUGUAUGAUCAAAGUGUUUAUGAAAGUGCAAAGGCGGCUCAAACUAAAGACGCAAAUGUGAAGAAGGAAUCAAAAGCGUAUUCGUUUAAAGAACAAAAGGAGGAAAUGGAACUGCGUGAAGAAUUGAAAAAGAAAAAAGGUCUGGAAACUGAGGAGCAGCGACCAGAACUGAACAAGAAACAAAAAGAACAACUACAUGCUAUUAUGGCACAUGAAAAAAAGAUCAGGGAAAGACUCACGAUCUUAAAUGAAGGAUUUGUCAAGUAUGCCACACUUUUAUCAGUAUUGCUGGAAUUACCAAGGGAAGAAAUAAUACCUUAUGCAUCAAAGCUUAAAGAUAUACUACAAACUCUGUUAAAUUCGCGACUGGCUUCACCUCUUGCUGUAGAGCUUUACAUAAAGUUAAUCAAAUGUUGCUUUCAUCCUGAAUAUAAACACUUAGGGGAAUUUGCUGGUUACACCAUGCUAAGACACAAGAAAGUUGCUUGUGCCUUGCCAUCCAACUGGUGUGAAAUAAAGUUAGAUACAGUCUCAGAACGAAUUCUGAAUAUUUUAAAUGUAUUUGUAACAGAAAGAAAUGUAUUCCUUAUGUUUACAUAUACAUGGAAAAGACCGUUCUCAGCCGUUGAGUUUUCAUUUUUUCUUCCACUGCUAGAAGUCAUCCUAAAGGAUCGUGGUAGCAUCGUGCAUUACAAUGAACAAGCUCGUAUGACAGCAUUACAGCUUAUUUUCGCACAUGCUAAACUACGUGGCACCGAAGAUUCUGUAGAUGAUCGUCCAAGCUACCUUCCACGUGAUAAAAUGUUGUCUAUUUUGUCAGAAGUUAUCACAGGCUGUGAUGGUCAUAGAAAAGAUGGAAAAAUCCAACAGUUUGCCAAUACUGUGUUUGACGAAGUAUGCAAAGCUGGAAGUGGUGGAGAGGGCUGUGCUGUGGCAACCGUUCCAGAAAUAGAACUUUUGCUUACAAACAUCUUGUCACAGUGUUCUGUUUUGCGAAACGCUUCUCUCAAAGGACUUCUAGAACUUGUAGAUGUGCUUUCUGAUUUGGAUGCAACAGUUUUGAAUACGCUUACUCGAAGAAUGAUGAUAGCUCGUUACGAUAUGAUCGAAGAAAAUGCAAAAUUAGCUGAAAUAUUUUGGGAGAAAGCAUCAUUAAAAGUUACACCAGUCAUGACCUGUGAGCUUGUAGACGAUACUGUCCAUCCACUUGGGGAAGUGCGAUUAGCUGCUAGUAAAGGUCUUGCAACUGCUCUUGGUGAACAACAGGAUUUGGCAGGAGAUGUUAUGAUUAUGUUAUUAGCUACUUAUGAAGACAAAACUAAGAUUCCUCCACCUGUUAUUGAUAACCUUGGCAGAAAUGUUUCUCCUCCGUUUAUUGAUACAUGGGAAGCAAGGCAGGGUGUUGGUAUAGCUCUGGAGAAGAUUUCACAAUACAUUCCAGAAGACCAGUUGGAUUCUCUUUUCCAUUUUUUUGUACCAAAUGCGCUUGGGGACCGCCACGAUGCUGUUCGAAAGCAAAUGUUGGAUGCUGCAAUGCAAGCUGUCAAUCAUUUUGGACAAGAUCACAUGGACAUGCUUCUUUCAAUUUUUCAAGAGUUUCUUGAUAAAGCACUGGAUUCGUCAGCUCACGACUCUAUCAGACAGUCUGUUAUUAUUUUAACGGGAUCGCUUGCAAAACAUCUGGCAAAAACUGAUCCUCAGGUCAAACCUAUAUUCUCGAAACUGAUGGCAGCUCUAGCCACGCCAUCUCAACAAGUACAGCAAGCAGUUGCAAAUUGUUUACCGCCUUUGUGUGGAGCUAUGAAAGAUGAAGCUCCAGAACUGAUCAAAAAUUUGCUCACACAGCUUCUCGAUGCAGAAUCAUACGGAGAGCGAAGGGGUGCUGCAUAUGGCUUGGCUGGCCUGGUGAAAGGUUUGGGAAUCUUAUCGUUAAAACAACAAGGAAUUAUUACCACAUUGAACGAGUCCAUUCAAGACAAGAAAAUAUGGAAGCAUAGAGAAGGGGCACUGUUAGCAUUUGAGACACUUUGCACUAUGCUUGGUCGAUUGUUUGAACCAUAUGUAGUGCACCUCUUACCACAUCUGUUGCUAUGUUUUGGUGAUGGAAACCAGUAUGUGAGAGAGGCUGCUGAUGAAACUGCAAAAGCUGUGAUGAAAAAUUUGAGUAACCAUGGCGUUAAAUUAGUACUGCCAUCUUUACUAAAAGCUUUAGAAGAAGAAGCAUGGAGAACAAAAACAGGAAGUGCUGAACUCUUGGGCGCGAUGUCGUUUUGUGCACCGAAACAGCUUUCAUCGUGUCUACCCAACAUAGUGCCAAGAUUAACUGAAGUACUUGCAGACUCACAUAUCAAAGUGCAGAAAGCCGGUCAACAAGCUUUACGACAAAUCGGUGGAGUAAUCCGAAACCCGGAAAUUCAAGAAAUCUGUCCAAUCAUACUUGAUGCACUUUCUGAUCCCAGCAAGCAUACAGUAGCAUGUUUACAAGCAUUAUUAAGUACCUCCUUCGUACAUUUCAUCGAUGCACCGUCGUUAGCUCUGAUUAUGCCAACACUGGAGAAGGCGUUAGAUCAAAGAGCAAUGGAAACAAAGAAGAUGGCGGCACAAAUCUUAGGAAACAUGUAUGCUUUGACUGAUCCCAAGGAUUUGUCACCCUACCUACCUGCUGUAGUACCUGGUUUGAAGAAAUCUCUGUUGGAUCCUUCUCCAGAGGUGAGAGCUGUAUCAGCGAGAGCUCUAGGUGCAAUUGUACGAGGAAUGGGUGAAGACUGCUUUAAUGAUUUAAUGCCAUGGCUAUUAGAAACACUAACGUCGGAUGUUAGCAGUGUAGACAGGUCUGGUGCUGCACAAGGUCUGGCGGAGGUGUUGCAUGCGUUGGGACAAGAGAGAUUGGACAAAUUGAUGCCUGACGUCAUAGACACUACCAUGAAAGUUGAAUUAUCUCCAAAUGUGCGAGAUGGAUAUUUAAUGUUGUAUAUAUAUCUACCCGCAACAUUCGGUGAUGAUUUCAUGGCGUAUAUCGAUCUUAUUAUUCCACCCAUAUUGAAAGGUUUGGCAGAUGAAAGCGAGUACGUGCGGGACACCUCUUUAAAAGCGGGUCAACGUAUCAUCAACAUGUAUUCAGAUAGCGCCAUUGAGUUGUUACUGCCACAACUUGAAGCUGGAUUAUUUGAUGAACACUGGCGGAUUCGAUACAGUUCUGUGCAACUACUGGGUGAUUUGCUGUUCAGAUUGUCUGGUGUGACAGGCAAGCAAACAACAGUUGGUGAUGAAGAUGACAACUUUGGUACAUCGCACUCUUCACAGGUUAUACUCGAAACGCUUGGCUUUGAAAGACGUAACAGAGUCUAUGCUGGUUUGUAUAUGGGACGUUCUGAUGUCGCGUUAACUGUUCGUCAAGCUGCGUUGCAUGUGUGGAAGGUCAUUGUCCAAAACACCGCUAAGACAUUGCAAGAAAUUUUACCAACUCUGUUUGAAUUGCUACUUAGUUGUUUAGCAUGCCAGAGUUAUGACAAGAGACAGGUUGCUGCUAGGACGUUAGGAGAUUUAGUUCGCAAACUUGGAGAAAGAAUCCUACCCAAAAUUAUCCCUAUCCUAGAAGCUGGUUUGGACCAUAAGGACGGCGAUAAGCGACAGGGUGUGUGUAUUGGACUGAGCGAGAUUAUGGAUUCCACAAGUCGAGAAAUGAUCAGCCAGUUUGAAGACUCGCUUAUCUCAACCGUUCGAAGAGCUUUAGUUGAUGAGCUUGCUGAUGUGAGACAUGCUGCUUCGCUAACGUUUGAAAAUCUUCACAGCACUAUUGGUCAUCGUGCAUUGGAUGGAGUUUUACCAAAUGUCUUUGAAAAACUGGACGAUCCAAAUCUUUCCGAGUUUGCAUUAGAUGGCUUAAAACAGGUGAUGGCGGUAAAAAGUAAAUCAGUGUUACCCUUCCUCGUGCCAAAACUGACAACACCUCCCGUGAACACGAAAGCACUAGCUAUCUUAUCAUCAGUGGCUGGUGACGCGUUGGUGAAACAUCUCGAGAAGAUUCUACCUGCAAUGAUACAAGCUGUAAACAAUGAAAGCGGAGAUGACUCUAAACACGAGGCAUUCGAAGGAACGAAAACAUUAAUUUUAUCAGUUGAUGAUGAUGGAGCAAGAACAAUCGUUGAGGAGUUGAUGUCUGCAGCUAAAAAUCAAAAUCCUGGAAUUAGAAAGGUUUGUGCAAAUCUUCUAGCAGUCUUCUGCAAAGACACUCGGUCUGAUUACAGUCAAUUCGUGCAGCCAUUGUUCCGUUGUAUCAUACAACUGAUGAAUGACGUCGACGAAAACGUUGUGCCGGCUGGCUGGUCAGCGUUAGAUGCGCUUGUCAAGCAUCUUGAUCCUGCGGAACAGUUACAACAUCUACCAUCUUUACGACAAGCACUUAAAUUUAUAAAAGAUGACAUCAGAAAUAACCAGCUUCCUGGAUUUUGUAUCCCCAAGAAAGGUAUUAUACCAGUGCUGCCGAUAUUUCGUGAAGGUAUACUGAAUGGUCCACAAGACAUAAAAGAGCAAGCAUCCAACGUGCUUGGUGAGGUAAUUCGUUUGACCAGUGCUGAAGCUUUGAAACCAUCUGUCGUGCACAUCACUGGUCCACUCAUUCGUAUCCUUGGUGAUCGAUUUAACUGGAAUGUGAAAGUUGCUAUUUUGGAUACGUUGGGUUUGUUGUUGUCCAAGGUUGGUAUCAUGUUGAAGCCGUUUUUACCACAACUGCAAACAACUUUUAUCAAAGCGUUGAACGACCAAACAUUGGCUGUGCGACAGAAAGCAGCAUGGGCUUUAGGUCUGCUCACAGUACUGCAUACACGAGUGGAUUCAUUGUUUACAGAGUUAAGGAAUGGUUUGAAAAACAAUGAAGAUAAUGCAAUCAGAGAAACAAUCCUGCAGGCUUUACGGACCAUCAUUUUGAACGCUGGUGCAAAAAUGGGCGAGGCAAUCAGAGCUCUUUUGUUAGAGACACUACUAGAACUUCUUGAUUCAACCAAGGACGAAGUUCGAGUCAACGCUGGUGCGGCUUUAGGAGCAUUAUGUCAAGUUUUAUCUGAAGCUGAAGUUAAAACAUUACUCAAAGAUUCCCUGUUAGACAUAAACCCAACAAUGGAUUGGACGAUUUGCCACGGCAGAGCAGUUGCUUUGUCCUAUGGCUUAUUUGACGCUCCAUCUAAGUUGUUUAGUGUUGUUGAUGAAGAUGAAAUAGUAGAUGUUGUUGUACAACAUUCGAAUAAUGACAAGGUUCCUGUGUGCACAUAUGGAGUUCAUUCAUUGGGUCAUCUGUUGAUGUUUUCAAAAGAAAUGGCGGACGCAGCUCCGUCUGUUGUUGUUACAUCCAUGAAAAAGAACUUGGUCCAUAAUUCUGUCGACAUCAAAUUAUCAGCCUUGAAAACAAUCAAACAUGUUUCAAAGCAUGUUCCUGAGGUGUUAGAAUUUGAUCGAAUUCGCUACGUCAUUCCAGAAUUCAUCUCCCUUCUGAGAGACAGAAAUACUGCAGUGAGAGCUCUGGCUGAGUUGACGCUCGCAUUCAUGUUACAGCUGCACAAAAAUGACACGCUGUUCGAUGAGUGUGUAUCGACAAUGACGGACGCUGCAAACUUUUUACAAGAAUAUCGUAAAAAUUCUUUCGCGAAAUUAAGCGACUCUUUAGCUACAGAUGCAGAUGACUACAUAUUCUCAACUUAGAUGAAUAUUACAAUUUUAAAAUAUAUCUUUUAGCUAGCA